AUGGUGAGUUUACAAUUAUCAUAUAAUUUGGAUAAACUAAAGGAUAUCAUAGAUGAAAGGACAAGACUCAUAGAUGUGCUGAAACUGACGCCGUCCAAGAAUGAUACUACAGCGUUGAAAAGGCAAUGUUCUUCUGUGUUAGAUGUUUUGAAUGACCAAACUGCGUCUGAUAUUACUCAAGACCAAAUUGAUUUAUAUAAUAAGUUAAUAGAGAGCAUUCCAGAUAAAGAGAACGUAGAUCUAUCGUUGUACAGGUUUGAAGCGACUCCUAACGACAGCAUGGAACUUUUAGGAAGUAACGAAAGCUCAAGGACAACGACUUCAAAAAAAGUUAGGUUUAAUGAUGAUGAAUUAGUUUCAUAUAAUUCAAAAGAAGAGGUCUUUAAGCCAUAUAGUGAUGAGCCAGAACAAGAUAAAUCGCAUGAAUGGACUACUAGUGGUGAUAAUGUAGUUCCGUUAGUUUCAAAUAAAGAUUUGUUCAUUCAACAGCAGCAACAGUUGAUGCAACAAGAUUCCCAUAUCGAACAACUUUCGAGUUCAGUACAGAGAACUCAUGACAUGUCUCUUGAUAUUAAUAAUGAAAUAGAGGAACAAAAUGAACAGGUAUUGCAUGAUUUAGAAGAUUUGAUUGAUAAUAACAGUAGACAUUUAAAUAGAGCACAAAGAAGAUUAGAAAUUUUUAACAAGGCAGCCAGGGAAAAUGGCCCCUGUUUCAUAAUAGUAAUUCUGAUAUUAAUUCUUCUCUUCUUACUGAUCAUCCUGUAA